AUGGCGUCUACCUCGCACUCUAUAGAAAUGGAGGCUAAUCCCGCCGUCAUUCGCAGUCUUUGCGAUAUUGUAGUCAACCCCUCUCUGCGACCGGUCGCCGCCCUCUCCUUUGGUAACGACACGAAAACGAGCUUCAGCUUCACCGACGACAUGGCACGAAAGUCUAUUCCAGUCAUGGAAUGGGCUCAAACCCACCACAGCGUUGUCUUUGACGACGAUUACGAGCCACGACACACCACACCUCCGCGCCGCGGACCAUCUGAUCAACGAUUUCGGAGUCUGAGCAUGUCACUCCCCUGGAAGCGACCGAAGCACUCCCUCUUCAGCCAUGACGAGAUGCGCGACCUGACACAUCAGAUGAAUGACGCUGCCAUCGACGACUCACACGAUGGGCCAGAGCAUCUUUACGGCUCGACUCACGUUAAACACCGUCGGGCAUCUGGAAGCAUAAAGGGCAUCAUUCGUCGCGCGUCCAUGUCACUCAAAGGCAUCGUGCACCGUCGACCCUCUGUUGCCGCGGCAGAUACCAUCUACGAGCAAGGCACCACGGAAGAACGACCUAUAACUUCAAAUGGCCCUUGGAACCGUCUGCGGCAAGCGGCCAGCUUCCGCCAUUCCCGCUCUUUUCACGACUGGGACAUGUACCAUGACCCUAAUCAGAAUAUUCCCAUCCCUGGACAGGGUGAUGAGCCUCCCGUCAUCCCCCAUCACUCCGGAGCCGCCGCCAAAGCUUCGGCCGCCAUGCAAAACGAGUACUUUGCGAGACAGCGAUGGCUGAAUGCUCCCGGGAGCGACGAUGGAAACGAUCGUGAGAGCGGUAUUGGAAUCAACGUGACCAGGCCAUCUCUGGAUCUCGACACCGACGAUGAGGAGACGGUCCUCGAACAAGACGCCAACAUUUCCCGUAUCGAUUUUGUUUCUGAACUGCCUCCCGAGUUGGCUAUUCACAUCUUGGCUUGUCUGGACGCUUCUGCCCUCGCCAAGGCCAGCGCUGUGUCUCGCCAGUGGUAUCGAACCAUUGCCAACCAGCACAUUUGGCGCGAGUCGUGCCUUCGGGAGACGACCGGCACCUAUGCCACCAGCCGCCCCGUGCAACCCGGCACAGGAAUGGGCGUGCCCAAGGUUCACCCAUCCAACGACUGGAAAAAGAUUUAUCAGGCCAAGCUUGAACUCAGUCAGCGGUGGAAGGAGGGCAAGGCUCGACCUGUUUACCUCAAUGGGCAUACAGAUAGUAUCUACUGCCUCCAAUUUGAUGAAUUCAAGAUUGUAUCAGGCUCUCGUGACAAGACGAUUCGUGUCUGGGACAUGCACACGAUGGAGUGCAAGCUGAUUAUUGGGCCGCCAGAAGUUGUGAAUGGCGCCAAUGUGCUUGUGGAUGAAGAAGGCAACCCAACACACUACGCAGCAGGGUCUGACAAUGAGCAAACCGCCUUGUCAGUACCCAUGACGGCUUCCUUCCCCGAGCAUCACAAGGCAUCCAUCUUGUGCUUGCAGUACGACGACGAAAUCCUGGUGACGGGCUCAUCCGAUUCUACGUGCAUUGUCUACGAUGUCAAGGCUGGAUACAAACCCAUUCGCCGCCUCAGACACCACACGGCCGCUGUUUUGGACUUGGCAUUCGACAAGAAGCACAUUGUGACCUGCAGCAAGGACAUUAGCAUCUGUGUAUGGGACCGAGAAACUGGUGCUUUGCUUCGACAGCUCCGCGGCCACACUGGCCCUGUCAACGCUGUUCAAAUGCGCGGCAACACGAUUGUAUCUUGCUCUGGAGACUUCCGCGUGAAGCUGUGGAACAUUGACACUGGCAAGAACAUUCGCGAGUUUGUCGGCCACACCAAGGGUCUUGCGUGUUCGCAGUUUUCCGAGGACGGCCGGUUUGUCGCAUCGGCUGGAAACGACAAGAUUAUUCGCAUCUGGGACGCCAACACUGGCGAAUGCGUCCGGGAGAUGAAGGCCCAUGAGAAUCUCGUCCGCAGCUUGCACAUUGACAGCGUGAGCGGCCGACUUGUCAGCGGCAGCUACGACACCGACAUCAAAGUAUGGGACAUGGAGACGGGCCACCAGCUGCUCGACUUCCCACGCUGGCACUCGAGCUGGGUUCUGAGUGCGAAGAGCGACUACCGCCGCAUUGUCAGCACAGGACAAGACCCCAAGAUUCUCAUCAUGGAUUUUGGCGCCGACGUCGACGGCAUCGAACAGCUGGAAACCGGUAUUGUGCGCCGCACACAAUAA